AUGGCUCGUAACAUUCUGUUAAUUGUGCUAUCAUUGCUGUCAAUAAGUAUUGCUACUGUUGUCGCAGAAUGUACAAUACCACUAGUAAUAAGAAACACAUGGUUUUCUUUUGAAACCGGCAAACAAACUAUCACAGACAUCAAUGCGAAUGAAAUGACUGGAAGAGGCAUAUGCGUGAAUAUAAAAUCAGAAUACCGAGUAAAUUAUACUAUGGUUUUCAAGUACACUAAUUGCUACUAUUGUGUAAAGCUCCUUGUACGUACUGUGAAUGUACUAGAGAAGAUUGAGACACCUUGUGUUGAUUUGGGUCCUAAUGAAGAACCUACUGUGGAGAGAGUAUGCCGUGGUCUCAAUCCUGAUCAGAAUCUUAUUACAUUGUUCUCUGAAAAUUAUGUACCUGUCAAUUGCCGUUCAUCAUUGGAAGGUGUAUGGCAGUUUGCAUACCAGAACCGUUUUAGGUUUACGGGUGAAUGUAACCACCCUGAUGCACAAAUUAAGUCAUGUCAAACAGCUGGUACUCAGUUUUUGAUCACAAACCAGAAGUUUAAUAUCACUUACAGGAAGUGUGCAGGAAUGUCUAAUACUUUUGAUGGUGUUGUGGAGUACAGCUGUUUAGGUCAUUGGUUUGUGAAUAAAAACCACUUUUUUGCGGUUGCAAAUACAAAAGAAUCUCGAAAAGAUGAAAAGUAUCGAUGUUUUCUAAAAAACAGAGAUGACGAUCUUUACAUUGGUGCUUCUAUCACACCUGAAUGCAAUACAUUAAAGACUGUGGAAAAAUCGCCCGAGAGAUACAGAGUUACUCCAGUCAAGGCAGAGGUAGUAGAACCAGGUUGUCGUCUGCCUCAAAAUUUCUCUGGGGAUUGGAUCAACACGGCCAACAUCGACGCUGAUGUAUUUAUUAAUGAAACGCACAUCAUUGAAACUUAUUAUCCGGAUGAGGGUAGAUAUCGGAGAACAAUUUAUGUUUGCAGAGAGCAACGUGACAGCAGAGUAAUGAUGGCACGCUUAACAGUCGAUGGAUGUCAAAAAGAUUAUGUGUGUUUUGAUUUUGUACCACAACAUCAUAAUGUUAUUAGAUAUAGAAAGGGCCUAGCUAUGAUACAAAGUAAUUUUCACACAGUAUGCUCUUGGGUGCAGUUCCCUAACAAACAAGAGUGGCGCUAUGAUAUCUUCCUGAAAAAAGAUCCCACACCAAUCCGGUGUCCUGUCGCCGGCAAAUUCAACUUUACCCAGAAAGGAGAUGUUAAAUUUGAAACCAGAAUAUUGGGAGGGGUUACUUUAAGUCCUCGGCCAAAUCUUUACUGCAAAUUAAAUAUUAGCGAUUUUUCAGUCUGUGAUAUAGAUCAAAAAACUAUACAAAUCAAGGAAAACUAUUGUCUGUCUGUGGAUCAUUUGGGUAGACCAGUGGAUAUCUACAGUGAUCCUGAUUACAGGAUGAAAUGCAUUGGAUUUUGGAAGGAGAAUCUGAAAUCGUAUCUGGUUACUUAUGAUGAACUGGAUCCUUUCUCAAAGUAUAGAUGUUGGGUGUAUCAACGGGCUGAUCUUAAUAGAGUACUUAUGUCUCAAGCUCUAGGUCCCUAUUGUGAUUUGAAGCAAGAUGUAACGUCAUGGAACUAUACAGAGGGCGCAGCAGUCGCCGUCGAGAUGGAAGAGUACGAACGAGAGAGAGACCAAUGUCCUAUGCACUUUGACGAUGGCAGCGAUCCGUGGUCCACUAAGGAAAACUUUAUUAAAGUGUUCACUUUUUCGUAUUUUGGUACUGGAGCAGCUACUGAACUAACAGUCAGUGUGAUGACGAUACUUUUAACUGUAGUAACUUUUCUAUUACGAUUAUCAUAG